AUGAGAAUUCUUCUACAACACGCAACGCGUUACGGCAUUCGCUCCUUCGGAACCCUAUCAUCAUCUCCCACAGUAGCGAGCGCCCAAACAUUGCAGCACCGUAUUUCGGAUGCUCUCUAUCGAAAUGCACAAAUCCUUCCGGUGCUUGAACACUGGCGGCAACAGGGGAAUCAAGUGAACCCUUCACAUGUUAGAGUCAUCAUCAAGAAGCUUCGAGAUUCCAACCAAUCUCACCAAGCCCUUCAGGUAUCAGAGUGGAUGAGUAGAGAAAGGAUCUGCAAUCUAAUCCCAGAAGAUUUUGCAGCUCGGCUUCAUCUCAUAGAGAAUGUUGUAGGCUUAGAAGAAGCAGAAAAGUUCUUUGAAAGUAUUCCAAAGAACGCAAGAGACGAUUCUGUCUACACCACUCUCUUAAACUCGUACGCAAGAUCAGACAAAACUCUGUGUAAAGCUGAAGCCACGUUCCUUAAAAUGAGGGAGUUAGGUUUUCUCUUAAGACCUUAUCCUUUCAAUGCAAUGAUGUCUCUCUACUGUGCACUAAAAGAUCGAGAUAAAGUCGAGGAGCUUUUACGUGAGAUGAAAGGUAACGACGUGGAGCCCGACAGUGUCACAGUAAACAACGUGUUGAAGCUAUACUCGGCUGUGUGUGACGUGACCGCGAUGGAGAAGUUUUUGAAUAAGUGGGAAGCCAUUCACGGGAUAAAACUCGAGUGGCUUACAACUCUUGACAUGGCAAAGGCUUACGUACGAGCCCGUUCAAGUGGGAAGGCUGUAAAAAUGCUGCGUUUAACCGAGAAAUUGGUGGAUGACAAGUCUUUAAAAUCAGCUUACGACCAUCUCAUGAAGCUGUAUGGUGAAGCUGGAGAGAAAGAAGAGGUUUUACGUAUAUGGAACCUUUACAAGAAGAACAUAGGAAAACGUGAUAACGAUGGUUACCGAACUGUGAUACGUUCUCUCUUGAAGGUGGAUGAUAUCGUUGAGGCGGAGAAGAUUUACAAAGUGUGGGAAUCUUUGCCACUUGAGUUUGAUAUCCGAAUCCCGACUAUGUUGGCCUCUGGGUAUCGAGACAGGGGAAUGACAGAGAUGGCUGAGAAACUCAUGAGCAGUAAAGCUGUAAAGGACAGAAGAAUGAAUAAGCCUAUCACUCCGCUUUUGGAGCAAUGGGGACAUCAAAUGAAACAGUCUGAUCUCAAAUGCCUAAUCAAGAAUCUCCAUGAUUCCAAUCAGUUUUCAAAAGCGCUUCAGGUUUCAGAGUGGAUGGGUGAAAAACGAGUUUCUAGUCUUUAUUCGGAAGAUUAUGCAGCUCGUCUUUACUUGACUGAGAAUGUGUUGGGUUUGGAAGAAGCAGAGAAGUACUUUGAAAACAUCCCUGAGAACAUGAAGGAUUACUCUGUCUACACAGCUCUCUUAAGCUUUUACGCAAAAUCAGACAAAAACAUGGGUAAAGCCAUGACCACUUUCAAGAAGAUGAGAGAGCUCGGGUUCCUCUUGAAACCUUCACCAUUCAGCUUGAUUCUCUCUCUCCACAAGCAAUCAAAUAUGGUGGAGGAGAUUCUUCGUGAGAUGGAGGAGAACAACGUCGAUCCUGAUAGUCUCACGGUGAACAAAGUUUUAAAGAUAUACGCGGCUGAAUCAAAGGUAGAAGAAAUGGAAAUGUUUAUGAGACAGUGGGGUAGAGGAGAUGGAAUCAAGCUAGAUAGUGGCACAGUGGCUGCAAUGGCAAAGGCCUACGCUAAAGCCGGUUCAAUAAAGAAAGCGAUAGAGAUGUAUGGUGAUGUAGCCGGGUGUAAAAGAGAGGUGCACCUUCUUUGGGACAAAUAUAUGAAGACGAAGGAGGAAGAACAAAAGGAGGCUGAUAAGGUAAAAUUUGGUAGGACUCCGUUGAAGAUAGACGAUGGAUAUCGAAUUGUGAUUAGCUCUUUGUUAAAGCUGGACGAUGUACAAGGAGCAGAGAAGGUAUAUGGUGAGUGGAUACCGAGUGGACCGAAGCUGGAUGUGAGAAUACCGGGUUUGCUGAUUUCUCGGUUUUGUACCGAAGGGAACGCAUUCAAGUGGUCUUAUGGUUGGAAAGUCAUCGUAGAUUUUACUACUACUAGAUAA